AUGGACCAAUCCACCGAGGCGCAGCGGCGGGCGUUGUUGGAGAAGGCCGGCCCAGGCGGGUUCGCCCGAGAGUUCUCCGACGAAGGGGUCAGCGGUGCCGUCCCCGCGGCACAGCGGCCUGGCUUCGCCGAGUUGCUGAAGUUCGCCCGUGAGGGGGACAUGCUGCACGUAUACGCCGUUGACCGCCUGGGCCGCGAUGCCAUCGACGUGCAGGCCACUGUUCGGGCCCUGAUUGACAAGGGUGUAGCGGUCGAAGUGAAGGGCCUUGGCACUAUCUCCCGGGGCGCUGGAGAAAUCAUCCUGGCCGUGCUGGCCCAGGUGGCCGACAUGGAGCGACAGCGGAUCAAGGAACGCACGGAGGCCGGCCGGUUGGUGGCCCGGGAGUCCCUGGAGCGCACCGGCAAGACCCAUCGAGGGAAGGUCAGCAUGGGCCGGCCCGUGGGGCGGUUGUCCGAGGGUCGGAAGGUGAAGCCCGCAGAGGUGGUCGCCUGGCGCAAGGCCAACGGGGCCAGCAUCGCGGCCACCGCCCAGCAGUUCGGCGUAUCGGUCGCCACGGUGAAGCGGUACGCGGCAGCCGCUGCCUGA